GCCGCUGGGGUGGUAUUGGAGCUUUCUCUGAGCUCAGAGCAGAGGAUAACUGCGUGUUUUUAGUGCUUUAUUGUGUGGAGACAGUUUCUAUCCGGUCCUUUUACAUUUACCUGCAUGGGAGACGUCCCAGCUUCGAAAAUGAGCAGUUUGAACGUUUGCAAGGAACCAUUUGACAGAAUCAGCUCUGAACCCGUGGAGGACACAGACACCACCAGCUUUGUGGCAGAAUUUUCCUUGGAGACCAAUUAUCCUGUGCAAGUAACAGAUCCGCAUGACGCUGUGACACUCCACCUGAGUUCGAUGCCCACUAGAUACCUCAGCCCCUCCUCAGAAGACAGAAUAAGACAGCCAGUUGAAGAUGUGGAAGAAUGCACCUGCCCCACAUCUGCUUCACCAGACUAUCCGAAAGAACUGCAGUUUAUAACUAACCCCUGUGAGAAGUGUUUCUGCCCGGCACCUCCUCCCAAAAUCAGCGACCUCAUGAACGACAAAGAUCUGCUGGACUUACUGCGGCUCAAACUGGAUCCCAACCACUGCACCAUCAAAAACUGGAAAAACUUUGCAAGUCGUUGGGGGAUGAGUUACGACGAACUGACCCUGCUGGAGCACCGGACCCAGGGCUCCUUAUCCCACAGUCCCACCCAGGAGUUCCUGUCGCGCUACAACCAGAAGACGGUCACUGAGCUCACUGAACUUUGCCGCAUUUAUCAGCGCAUUGAUGUGCUGCGACUGCUGCAGAGCUGGAUAGAGAAGGACUGGCCAUCGCGUUGGCAACAAACACAUUAAUCAGUUUGACUGUCUUUUUUUUUUAGGUUUUACUUGAUUUCCUAAUGUUCAUAAGCUUGGAUACAUUUUACCAAUUUUUUUUUUGUACCUUUAGUAAAUGAUCUUGUUAAAAAGGUAAAACAAUCAACUAGAAACUGUCUCUAGAGCACAUCUCACAGUACUCACCUCAUGUUGUGAAGUCCUAAUUGUGUUGCUGGGUAUAGUAAAUACUAUACAAGUCACAGACCUGAUCAGUGCACACAACCAACCACUAAUACAUUGCUCACUGACAGCCGCACAUCCACCACAGAUUCAUUGAAUCUUUGGUGCAGUGUUAAAAAUUGACAAUAGCUUAAUCAGAUGGAAUCAGAUUUAACAAAUUAAAACACAGUGGUUCACCCAAAUAUGCAAUAUUUGCAAUUUUAUGUAAUAUUUGCAAUUUGAUUAUUUUUUACACUGUAAUUUAUGGUGGUUUAUUUGUUAAAUUAAUAAAAUAAUGUGGAAGGUUGGAUUGUGGUUGGCGAUACAUGUGCUCAAUGUAGAAAUGCUGCAUUCUGUUAUGGCAUCAUAUUAUUAUGAACAUAUAAAAAAACAGGUCAAGAAAAUGCCCACUUCCCAUGACAUUAAAAUGACCAUUGGAGUAUAGCAACUAAUUAGCACUCUUUAUAUCAUAAGCAACGACGCUGAUGUUACUGCUUCAGAGAAAAAUGACAUUUUCUUACUGUUCUGUUAGUUCUUCACACAGUUUACAUUUAAAAGCGGUUUAGAUGUUUGCUGCACGAUGCAAGGAAGUCCCCUGACUUGUCCUCCAUCAGCAGACUUAAAUUUUUGCAUUCUUAGUUCUGAGACAAUGUAUCCAAACAGCUGAGGGUGUCCAGGAUGAGUUAAGCGAACUCUUGAUUUCUUCAAAAUGUUAUUGUCCAAUUCUAUAUUACUAAAUACUAAGUACUGACAUUCCUAUUGACCUGAUAGGUGCUAUCAAUCUAUUAAUUAUUGUAGGGUCUUUACCUUACAAUAUAAUGUGCCUGUUUGUUGUGAUUUGGCACUGUAUGCUGAUGAGGGCCUUUUUUUUUUUUUUUUAGGUUUGGGUGGGGGGAACACUUAGAAUGAGCAGGCUAUGUUAGCAGGAUCUAUACCACAACCUUUUGAAUACUAAUCAAAUUAGCAGAAAUAUAGUUGGAAAUUGAGCCUUGUGUGAAAAAUUGGUUGAAAUUCAAUCAAUUGAAAGGAUACAUCAACAAUUAUAUUAAUUUUUAAACACCUUUGUAGAAAUAACCAAAGAAAAUUUUUUGAAAGAAAAAAAAAAAUCCAUCUGUAAACCAA